UCGUCGUCUUCUUCCAGCCACUCACGAACACGUCACAACAAGCCACAAGGAGAAAAGACGACGCGCCGCCAUGUCCGGCGGAGAGAAGAGAGCGAGGAGGGAGGUGGAGGCGUUGCUGGCGCAGACGAAGCUGAAGGAUGGGGUGAAGAACAAGAUCAGGGCCAUCGCCAACAACACGUACGCAGUGUACCUGCUGGUGUUCUCCAUGGAGGACCUGCUGCACCAAGACGAGAGCAAGCGGACCGAGGCGUGGGAGUUUAUGGAGCACUGGCUCUCCUCCCUCCACCUCCAUGCAAAAGGCGCGCCCGUCCUCAUCGUCGGCACCUUCGCUGAUGUGGUCAGUCAGCGGAAGCAACAUGAGCAGAUCUCGCGUGACAUCCACAGCCGCCUGCGCCACAACCCGGCCUUCGCUUCUGUUGUGUACAACAGCAAGCACAAGCUGUGGUUCUGGCCCGUCGACAACACCAAGUCCAUCGGCGACCCCAUGAUCCAGGACCUGCGCCAGACCAUCUCCUCCACCGCGCUGGCGCAGGAGUACGUGAGCCAGGAGGUGGCUGUGCCGUACCUCCACCUCUACGACAAGCUCAACGCCAUCGCCCGCGACGAGAAGCGACCGCUGCUCACGUUUGAUGAGGUGGUGGCGAUUGCGCGCACGUGUGGGCUGCGCACACGCCAGGAGACGAGAGCCUGCCUCCAGUUCCUGCACCUGUACUCAAUGGUGCUGUACUACGACAGCGUGCCUGGCAUGGACGCCUAUGUGAUCCUGAGCCCGCAGUGGGCGGUGGACACGAUGACGCGCGUCAUCCGCACGUUUGGCCUGCACGACGACGAUGUGCAGGGGCCGGAGGUGCGGGCACUUGGCGCCGACGUGUGGGACGACCUUGUCGACCGCGGCAUCCUGCACCGUCGUCUGCUGGAGGUGUUGUGGAGAGACGUGGACAGCAACUUGGUUGACCCGUUCCUGCGCCUCAUGAUGCAAUAUGGGCUGUGCAUUCAAUACUCUCCACCCAAGCUGGUGGAUAGCCGCAGAGCGCUCGCCCACGCCAACUCCGGCCACGGUGACAACGAUGGUGUGAGCAAGGGCAAUGACGCACACCAACGCCAGCAGCACCAGCAGCAGCAAUACCUGGUCCCAGCCAUCCUGCCGAUGACGAUCCGCCACAGCAGCAGCACGAUGGAAUCUGUCACUCUGAGCACGACAGCAGCACAGCAGGUCAAUCCAUAUCUUGGACACGAGGAGAAGACGGCCUACGUCGCCUUCAGCCUGAAGGAGUUCAAGACAGAAGCGAGCGUGAGAGCUGAGCAUGCACAGCAUGCGUCUUUCCUGCCAGAGGGGCUGUUUACGGUUGUGUUAGCGCAUGUGAUGGCGCACGCCCAGCACGGCGCAUCGCAAAAACCCAAGCUGAGUCGCACCCACGCCAUCUGCUUCAUGGAGUCGACCAAGCUUGAGUUGCAGCUUGUGCCGGCUGUUGGCGGCAUCAAGAUGAAGAUCACGAGUGCGCAGCCACGCGCCAUGCUGCAUAUGCUGCACAAGAUGAUUAGCGAGGCCGCCAGAGAGCGCUAUCCUGAGCUGAAGAGCAGCCUGCUGGUGCCAUUUGACGACAAGACACUGUUGUUCUUUGAGGACGUGCUGCACCACCACAAGAGCAAGCAGGACAUGUGGGUGGACGAGCAGCUGCUGUCACCCGAUGACCUGGUCGCCAAAUAUGGCCCUCUUCUGCCCGUUCUCGGCCUCCAGGACAAGUACGACGUCUUCAUCAGCUACAGGCAACGCGCCAGCAGUGGGCUGGUGAUGGCGCUGCAUCCGCGCUUGGAGCAGCGCAACCUGGUUGCGUUCCUGGACGCCAACAACCUGGAGACGGGCCUCAACUUCAAGCUGUCGUUCAUGACGGCGAUUGGGCUGAGCCUGGUGGCCUGCCCCAUUGUUUCUGCUGCCACCAUCAUGCAGAUGAGGCAGCUGCAGCACAGCGACUACUGCGACAACGUGCUGCUGGAGUGGAUGACGAUGCUGGCACUGCACGAGCACCAGGGGGCGCAUUCGGCAGACGAGGAGCAGCAACAUGCCAGGAUUCGCCUUCGACGUGUCGUGCCCGUGAUUGUUGGCAGCGCGUGGCACAAUGUGAACGACAGCAGUAUGAGCAGGGCCGAAGUGAGCGAAUACGACUCGUUUGACCGCCUGAAGCGGCUGGCGAUGACGCUGCCAGAUGCUGUGAGCAAGGAGACGACAUCAGCCCUGGACCAGUAUUUCACGCAGGUGCUACACUUGCCACCGCCACAGCGGCACAAGAGCGUGCGUCAAGUGGUACUGUCGCUCUUUGACAUUGACGCCGUGGUUGCAUUGGACGCCGCUGUGGACCGCACGUCGCAGCUGCGCGACAUCGCGGAGAAGGUGCGCCAGGUUGUCUCCUCUGCCAGGAGUGAGGAGCAAACAACGCAAGAAGCAGACACAGCACGUCGUUCCACGCAGUCAUCUUCCUCGUCCUCCACCGUCAUGACUACUUUCACCCCACCGUCCACCACCCCAUCGCCCUCAUCCUCAUCACCAUUCGAGCCAGAGCUCAUUCAAUGGCUCAACCGCCACUCGCUGCUGUCGCACGUCGAAGCCGCGUUGGUGGAGCACGGCAUUGACAGCCUGGAGGUGCUGGUGGCUCUCGUACAUGAGGGCGACUUGACAAAGCAGACGCUUCGGUCCUCCGGUGUGUCAAUGGGUCCCGCCAUGAAGCUGGUGCGAGAGGCCAAGAAGUGCGAUGUGGACGCAGCCUCAGCGUAUUAGCUCUUGGUCACCUGCCCCGUGGCAGCUCCUUUCUCCUCCGGCUUCUGUUUUCUCCUCCAGUCCUGUCACGGUGGUGCAGUUAUUACAUUUCGUUCAUCACCCACUGUUCUGUUACACGCACGCCAGUUGUGGCUUCCUUGACGCUCGCUUGUGUUCCACUGCUCUGUUGUUGUUGUUGUUUAAGUUGUUGUUGUUGUUGUU